AUGAAUCCAGCUCCAUCAACCACACCGAACACCUCGCCUCCGAUUCCAACCCCAAUUCAAAAUACAUACUACACCAUAACUAACCCCAUAACCUUCACUAACUUUCUCGACCAACUUCUACCUUCCAACAUCACCCACCUAACCCUCGCUCCCUCUCCUCACCUAGGUCGCAUCACCUCUCUCCCACACCUCAACGACACCCUCGGUGAUUCCCUCGGCGACGCCUCUACAUUCGCCGAACUACACUCCUGGGUAACACUUCUCCAGCGCCUCUCCCACUGCACCCCCUCUCUCCGCUCCCUCACCAUAAUUUUCGACGCCGACAUGAGCGGACGCGAUAGUCAUGGGUAUCGAAGAGGUGUAGGUGAAUGUCUCGGAUUUAUAUGGGCGAUUGCCAGAUUUCGAGGACUGGAAUGGGUGGAUUUGCAAGGAUAUUUUCCGACGCAGUGGCCGUGGUAUUUGAGGGCGAUGUGGACUGCACAUGGACAGGGAACGAGGAUUUACAAUAGGGUUGCGGCGCCGGAGCGGGAGUUGAGGGAGUGGAGGAGGGGGACCGAGAGGUUGGAUCCGAGAGAGUUUGGGUGGGAGUGA